CAUCCCGAUCUUCGCCCCUUCCGAAGGCUAUCGAGACUUUGUGAACCGGAAAGGGUGGACUUCGUAUGUUUUGCAGGCUGUUGUGGAUGACACAUUCAUUUUCAGAAGCAUCAGCUGUAAAAUGCCGGGGUGUGCCCAUGACUCACUCGUAUUCAAGAGCUCAAAUCUCUUCAGGAAAGCCCACCUGGUGCCACAGGGUACGAGGAACAUUGAUGGAGUGGAUGUGAGGCUGCAGAUAGUGGGGGACCCUGCGUACCCACAACUCAGCUGGCUUAUGAAAGGGCACCAGACCUCUCCAAAUCUCACACCACAGCAGGAGUCGUUCAAUAUAUAUUUAAGUGCUGUCCGUGUGGGGGUGGAGCAAAGUUUUGGGCUCUUGAAGGCUCGUUUCAGGGUUCUGGCGAAAAGGAGCGACUUUCACUUUACGUUCGCUCCCACUAUGAUAGCGGCAUGUUGUGGCCUUCACAACUUCUGUCAGAGAGAGGGAGACCGGUGCAACCCCAACUGGCUUGAGGAGGGAAUUCAGUAUGUCCAGCCUGCCGAGACAAGAAAUGUGGAGGUUGCUGACACCAGCGCAAGGGAUGCCUUAACAGCAUACAUGGCCCGGCGCUUCCCACUCCGUAAAUAGAAGAUCAGUGUGAAAUGCACACGUUUCAUGUAAAUAGUUUAGUUCAUUUCAGGUUGUGAGAUGAGUAAUGGUGGGGUGGCGUCUGCGCCAAUGUCUUAUCCAGAGGGUAUUGCUCGGUGCGUAAUUCCAAGAGCAGUAUAAUGAAAAGGAAGAAAGG